UACUGAUCUUUAUUCCCAUUUUACCAGAAACAGAGAACAUGAACAAUUUAUCCACUAGUCAGGAAAAAGGUGUUUUAUAACCUCAAAACAAAUGUUUACUCACGAAGAGCUGUAAAUUGCUUAAAUUGAAGAUUUCAGUGGGAUUUUUAGCAGUAAUUCUGAAACUCAUGUUACAUAAUGUUCAAGGCAGGUAAAAAGUGAUGUUUUUCUACACAGCACAACUAAAAUGUAGUUUAAUCAAGUAGACAGAAACCUUGACAAAACAGUCAAAUACCAAAGCUUCAAACCAUUCAGGGAGGCAUAAAUUACCUAUUUUCUACACUUUCAGCUGGUAUCAGUCUCUUGUUUUCAUUUUCGAAGAAUGCUGUUAAAUGGCCAUAUUCAUUAGCCUGCCACCUAAAAAGCAUUAAUUUGUAGAAUGAACAAAUGAACGAGUCAUCUUGUGAUUUUGAAGUACAACACAGUUCCUUCCUUUAAAUAUCUUUCAAUUCAUCCACAGAAAAAUAGGCUUAUUUUACAAGACUGCUUGCACUUACAGACACCACGGAGUAGGAGCGCUCCGACAUUGUAACAGACCGGCUGCUGCCCACUCGCAGACGUAACAGUACAAGUAGGGGGUGUCAGUACUUCGAUGUGAGCGCUGCUAGGAGAGGCACAGAAGGUUCAUUUCAUGAGAGUGUAGGGGAAAGGACAGGCAGCCUCCCCUCGCCCUAUUAAAAGGAAACUUGUUAGUACCUAAUAAAUUUACUUCUUUGAACUACAUAUAGUCUCAGAAGACGAAGCCGUCCUAAGGAACAGAAUCCUUCUAGGUUUCUCCAGAAGGCCUGUUCUGUCCUUGGAGAGCUUUAAUUACUAGUAGCAGCUUUUUGCCCUGAGCCAGAAUCCGUGUCCCGCGACUCCACAACGCUGGCCCCGCUUCGGAGCUCUGGAGGUCUGCAGCCCAGCUCCUCGCAGGCCUUCUGGGGCCGGGCCGGGCCGGGCAGGUCCUCGGGGUCCCCCUCGUGCCCCCCCUCGUGCCCCAGGCCCGCCGCGCAGCACACAGGCCGGGCCUCGGCGGCCGCCACGUCCGUCCGCCCGCCCUGCUCAGGUGCCGCGGCCGUUCCUGCCCCCGGGGGGAGGCCGGGCUCACGGCCGAGCGCCCUCCGUCCGGAGGCCGCCGCGCUCCAGGCCCGGCGACGACGCGGGGCGGGCAGCGCCGAGGGAGCCGAGCGCGGCCGGGGCGGCGGGCACCCAGGGCUGAGCGCGCCGAGACCCCGCGCCGGCCCCUCCUCGGCCGCGCAGCCCCGCGGGGGGGCGGGCGGAUGACGCGGGUGUGGGGGCGUGAGUCUGCGGGCGCGGACCGGCCGGGGCGGCGCGGCGCGGCGCGGCGCGUCGAGGUGGCGGCGGGGAUGGCGCGUGCGGGGGUCUGGAUGCUGGUGCUCGGCGUCCUGCUGGCGCUGGCGCUGGGCCGGGCCGCGGGCGCCCCGAGGGCCAGCAGACGGCCUGCGCGGCCGCGGGGCUGCGCCGACCGGCCCGAGGAGCUCCUGGAGCAGCUGUACGGGCGGCUGGCGGCGGGCGUCCUGGGCGCCUUCCACCACACGCUGCAGCUGGGGCCGCGCGAGCAGGCGCGCAACGCGAGCUGCCCGGCAGGGGGCAGGCCCGGCGACCGGCGCUUCCGGCCGCCCACCAACCUGCGCAGCGUGUCGCCCUGGGCCUACAGGAUCUCCUACGACCCCGCCAGGUACCCGAAGUACCUGCCCGAGGCCUACUGCCUGUGCCGGGGCUGCCUGACGGGGCCGCUCGGCGAGGAGGACCCGCGCUUCCGCAGCGCCCCGGUCUACGUGCCCACGGUGGUCCUGCGGCGGACGGCGGCGUGCGCGGGCGGGCGCGCGGUGUACGCGGAGGAGUACGUCAGCGUGCCGGUGGGCUGCACCUGCGUCCCCGGCCGGCCCGGCGAGGCGCCGGCGUCCGCGUCCGCGCCGCGCCCGCGCCCGCGCCCGCGCUCAGCCCCAGCGAGCGGCCGGCGCGGCCCUGACGCCCCAGCCCCGGCGCUCGGCGGGCUCCCCACCGCCCGCGGCCCGCGACGACGCCAGCGGCGCUGCGACCAGCCAGCUCGGCGGGCCUCACGGCACCCGCCCCGGGUUCCUCUCAGGGACGGCGCGGUCCGGAAGGCGGCCGGGGCGGGGGUGGGGGCUGGAGGCCUGCGGCCGACGGGUGUCCUCGUGGUCCCGGGCUCAGACCCCGCGCCCCGCCGGCGCCCCGCCGCACGGCACCCGGAGAGGAGGGGGUGA